AAAAUUAGAAGUGUAAAUUUUUAAUUUUAUUUUUUUCAAAGAAUUUUGAAUAUAUUUUCAUAUUUUCCGAUCGCAUUUGUAUUGUGUAUUGUUUAUCAAUGAUUGCGUUUAAGUGUCAUCGAGCUCUUUCGCAUAGUUCAGAUUUUGAUGGAUAAGUAGAACUGUCAGAACCUGGUAACGAACAAAAUGGGGAAACUUAAUUUUUAUGCACUUCUACAGUACUAUUAUUAUUAUUUACCAUAACUUUUACUUGAUUUAUACGAAACAAAGAAUGCUGCUUAAAAUUCAUAAAAGUACAGUUAUUUUUGAGUAAAUAGAAGUAAUCUGCACAAUGCCAAAAUGUGGGUUGCACACAAAAUAUUUGCCAGCAACAUUUGCAUGGAUAUUGCUGCUUGGGACUACUGGAGCUUUUUUUUAUUACCCAUGCCGAUUUUUUGCUCAAUUAUAUCCUUGGGUACCAAUUGUUCACGGCGUUGUGACAUUUUUCGUUAUAGCGAAUUUUACAUUAGCUACUUUUAUGGACCCUGGAGUAAUACCUAAAGCUCCAGAAGAUGAAGAUACAGGUGAUGAUUUUCAGUCACCUCUAUAUAAAUCUACAGAGGUGAACACUAUACAAGUACGAAUGAAAUGGUGUUCUACAUGUAGAUUUUAUAGGCCACCAAGAUGUUCUCACUGCAGUGUUUGUAAUUGUUGCAUAGAAACGUUUGAUCAUCAUUGUCCAUGGGUAAAUAAUUGUAUUGGUCGUCGCAAUUAUCGCUAUUUCUUUUUUUUUCUCAUAUCGCUUAGUAUACAUAUGGCAUCUAUAUUUAGUGUUUGCUGUUGGUAUAUUCUAUAUCAUAAAGAUAAAAUAGGAGACAUUGAUACUUUGGUAUCCUUAAUACUCUGUGGGUUGGUUAUUAUUUUAUUUAUACCAAUAUUUGGAUUGACUGGAUUUCAUGCUGUAUUAGUAGCACGUGGUCGCACAACUAAUGAACAAGUCACUGGAAAGUUCAAAGGUGGUUAUAAUCCAUUUUCACAUGGUUGUCGUGUCAACUGUAUAAUUAUUUUAUUCGGACCUCAGUUUCCAAGUUUAUUAAAAGUAAAAGCUUCCAAGUACCAGAAACAUAAAAAACAAAUUCAGAACAGUUUUAAUGUACCUCCUCCAUUAUUGACCAAAGAAGAUAAUUGUGGACCACCUGUUACCAAAACUUAUUUGGAUAAUAGUAAUGGUUUACAUCAUUCUUCAAAUACUUAUAAUAAGAUGUCACCAGGUAGAGACUGUUCGGAAUUAGAAAUUGAAUUAACUGCUUCACAAUCACAAGACUGUGAACCAACACCUCCACUACAACGUCAAGGUUCAAAAAACAAUUUUUACUUACCAUCAUAUGAUUCAACAGACAAUACUAGAAUGACUUAUAUGACAUACACUGCUCCACAUCCAUCAAGACCUAGAAUGAGUGAUAUGGGAAAUAGUUUGUCAAGAGAAACUAUGAUAGAUACAAAUCGCCAGUCCAACAUCAUCAUGCAGAGUCCAACUAUGCAGCAGAGAAUGAAAGCUAUUGGAGUGCCUACACCUUUGACACUAUCCAGCCCCUUAAGACGAUCAAAUCCAGGAACUCCAACUCAAGUAAAACGACCAGAUUUUAUAGGAGUUGGUUCUUCUAAACAUUAUGAAUAUCAAGAACGUAGUCCACAACGUCGGUUUUUAUCAGAAGGUGAUAUUCUACGUGACCAUGAACGUCCACCUUCUUAUCCACGUAUAAAUAAUACUGUAGAUAAUAUUCAAGAGUUAGCUGGGUCUCCGCAAAGAGGUGUAUAUACAUGGAAAGACUCUCCUGGUACAACUGGUUCUUACUAUGUUCCAAGACAAGCACCUACAUUUAACUAUUGUGCAGCACAUAAUGAUUAUAGAUCUAAUCCUACUAGUCCAACUACAAAAAGUUAUUAUCCUGUUCGAGGAGGAGUUCCUGUUUAUCCACCUCAGCCUUCACCUGUUGGCAAGAAAAAACCUCCUCCUGUACAAACUAGAAGACCCAUGUCUUUUGCUAGAGCACUAGAUCAUGAUGCCAUGGAGAUGUCAAUUAACAGAGGUAACAGCACUGAUGGUGGAAGCCCCGAUCGAAAAAGUACUUAUGAUAAAAACUAUGAAAUAUCUGUUUAAAUUGUAUUGUUUAUAGCUUUUUCUUUAAUUUUCCAUAUAUUUUUUUUUCUAUG